AUGUUCUACUACAAGAAGAAAGGACAUUGGAAGCGGGAUUGCCUCAAAUUCAAGGAAGAUAAGAAGAACGACACCAUUGCUUCUGUACCAGAUAUGGACACUAUGGCCAGAACAAAGAGGACGGCUAGAUAUACAAAUUCGUAUGGCUCCUCAUAUUAUGUUCAGAUGAGCGAGCUCUCGGACCAGCCGCCUGGUCCUCCAAGCACUCUGAGUGAUUCAAUUUUGGGAAUAUCGGAGGAGCUUAAAGGGGCCACUCCCAUGCUUAUUGAUAUGUUAGGACUGGAGCCGGUCCUUUCUGAGAAAGAGGAGUCGGCCUCCUCUGAGAGCUCAAACAAAGACAUGGACAAGAUCUCUGCUUCCAAGAAGGUGGUCGCCCUUCUUCGCGCGGCUAUAAUUAGCCAGAAGCGGCCUUCUACCGACUCUCCCUCAAAGGAGACGUCCAAGGGUGGGGCACUCAGACCCUCUCCCUCGGAGCAACCGAACCCCAAGGUUCGAAAGCAGAUGGCCAGGAGUACGCCUGGUUCUUCCAGGAAACAACCGUCUGAUAAACAGGCGUGGACCCCCCAAAGUGGGGCGAAACAAACAACCAUCCGUAGGGACACUCGGCCUCCAAGAGGCCUUUCUUCGCAUACAUGGUCUCCGCCACCCAUCAGCGAAAAGAACAAGGAGGUAAAGGCUGCAAAGGCCAUGACCGCUUCUGAUUGUGACCGGGUAAUGUUUCAGAUUGCUCAGAAUGAAAUUUUGACAACUGACAUCUUGUAUUAUCAGGCGGCCGCCACCUUGCAGGUCAAAGACAAAUUAGAGGCGACCAAGAAGAACAACUUAGAGCUAGAGAAGGCAGUCAAGGAUCUUCAGGACCAGCUGCAACCGCUUAAACAUGUAAAACAUGCGGCCGAUGAGCUCAAAAAGCUCAAGGAGCCCCUGGCCAGCCAAGAGGAGACCUUGUCCAAGCAACUCAGUGCUAAGGCCGAGACUAAGAAAAUGGCCCUGGCCCAAGAUAUGAUGGAGGACGCCUCAAACAUUAUGAGGAUGACCUGGACUGCCCUCUUCCCGGACUUAGGCUAUAAGCAAUGGGAGUCCAAAUUCGUCGCCUGCACUGAAGAGUAUAACAUCAAGAUUAUGAAGCAGCCGGCUGAUGAGGAUGAAGAGAAGGAUGAGGCAGCCGACACCUCUUCUGAUGGUGAGGAUGGGAACGAAGAGGAGGAGGAGGAGGCGGACGUCGACAAGGGGGAGACUGAGAAAGAGGAGGCGGACGCUAAUCAAAAUCAGGCGCCUGCUAAUGAGCCACAAGAGAAUGUGCUAGAGGAGCAGGCGCCCAUUGCCAAAGCUGAUCAGGCGGCCGCCAUUAAUAAAACCCUCUUCUCCAAUGCUUAG